AUGGUCCGCGACUGGAAAGAACUCGUCGCUCAAAAGCGUGCCGAUGUUGCCAAACAGCUGCCUCAGGAAUGGCGUCUUCCUCAAGCCAUCUUGGACACCGUCAGCGCCGCUGCAGACAUUAGUGUUCUGGACGUCCCUACGAAAUGCGGUCUGUUGACGUCGAAAGAACUCGAGAUCACAGAAAAGUAUGAUGCUGUCGACCUGAUUGCCAAGAUGGCGUCGAAGGAUCUCUCUGCCUCUGAGGUCACGCUCGCAUUUUGCAAACGAGCUGCAGUGGCGCAUCAAGUGACAAAUUGUCUGACUGAGAUGUUCUUCGACAAAGCUCUGGAACGGGCAAAGUACCUCGAUGAGUACUUGCAGAAGGAGGGAAAGCCAAUGGGUCCGCUUCACGGUAUGCCCAUAUCUCUCAAGGAUUCAUUCAACCUCAAAGGCAUCCAUGCGACAAUCGGCUAUGUCUCCUUCAUUGAGCGACCAGCGGCCGAUACCAACUCCCCACUCGUUGAUAUUCUCCUUGCGAACGGCGCUGUCUUGUACGUCAAGACCAACAUUCCGCAGACAUUGAUGACGGCAGAUUCGGAAAACAACGUCUUCGGACGAACACUCAAUCCUCAUAAGCUCAAGCUAACUGCCGGCGGUAGCAGUGGCGGAGAAGGUGCACUCGUGGCAAUGCGCGGUUCGAUUCUAGGGGUCGGCACUGACAUCGGAGGCUCCAUUAGAAUCCCGGCCUUCUGCUGCGGGACCUACGGCUUCAAACCUUCCGUGAACCGAAUUCCUUUCGGAGGGCAAGUUAGUCCAGUAGCAGACGGUCUACCGGGGAUCAUGCCCGUUGCGGGACCCUUGGCACACAGCCCUCGAGACCUGCGGCUGUUCUUGGAGACCGUCAUCCAGUCGAAGCCUUGGGACUUUGACUAUACGGCACUGGCGAUCCCGUGGCAUCCAGUCCCAGAGCCCAAGUCCCUCACGAUCGGUGUUGUCCUUCAAUGCCCUACCUGGAAGAUCACGCCGCCCAUGUUGCGGACAAUGAAGACAGCGGUCGAGAAGCUCAAGCAGGCCGGUCACAACAUGGUGAUGCUUGAAAAGUUCCCUUCGUUCAAGGCAGCGACGGACCUGUCCUGGGACAUGUUUGACAUCGAUAAUGAAGGCACCGGCUUCAAAAACAUUCAGGCGUCAGGAGAGCCGCUGGUCACCUCUGUCGCUGACUUGUACACGCCACCACCAGGAGGUCGCAAAGACAAGACCUUGGACGACCUGUUCAAGAUGAACAUCAAACAGCUUGAGUUCCGCCGGGACUGGCUACGGGUCUUUAUGGAGAACAAGUUGGAUGUUAUACUUGCCCCCGGUUCUCACAAGACGGCGGUGCCUCACGACACCUUCAGAUAUCCUCCGUACACCGUGAUGUGGAACCUCCUCGCGUAUCCUGCUUGUAUCAUUCCAUUUCUAAAGGCAGAUCAAACAGUCGACAAGCCUGACGCGGAGGUGCCCGAUUAUGACCCACAAGCUGUAGAUGGUGCUCCUUGUCAUGUGCAGCUUGUCGCUAGAUCGGAGCAGGACGAAGAGCUAAUGGCGGCGGUUGAGCUGGCAGCAAAAGCACUCAAUGCUUGA